AUGUCUCGUCCUGCUCAUCCAUCUCAUAUCCCUCUCCCUUCCUCACCUUUUAGAGGUAGGUCUCCAAACGGUUCACCACCGGGACAUUCCGUUAUAACAACUGCCACUCCAGCUUCUCCGACUUCACCCCGAACCUCCUUUCUCCCUCAUUUCAUGCGCACUCGUAGUCGUGCAGCUACCAUCAACCAUUCCAUAAGAGGAAGACCUAGUCCAGGCGUGGAGCUUGGUAAUCCUCUCAGUCCCGUGCAGAGCAUGCAUGGAUCCAGUGGGGUCGACACUACUCAGAUGGGUUCGAGACAAGGUUCUAAUGGAGUGGAUGGGGUCACAAGGAGUUCAUCUACGCCCGUCCAGGGUGGUCUCGCAGGCGGUGCGGCCAGUGCUAUUGACGCAAACGCCGGCCCAUCCACUUCCACCGACCAUUCGCAGUCUAAGACGUAUCGCAUCCGUCUGGUACCUCAUCUCGAAACGUCCAGGUCACUCGCAUUCGAUCCCGUUGUGAGAGAACUUCUACCCAUCGUUGUCCCACCAGGUGUCACUCCCUCGGCGGCUUCGGCAGGGAUCGACCUUACUGGACCUUUGGUCAAUGGUCGACCACCUGCUUGCCUGUUAAAGAUAGGCAGGUUUACAGAUAAGACCAUGUCGGGGCCACUGGGAAAUUCUAGAGGACCAGCACCGGCUCUGGCAAUUGCUGGAGGGGGUGGAGAUGUGGGUUCGGGGAGAGUAGCAUUUAAGAGUAAGGUCGUCAGUCGGAGUCAUGCCGAGAUUUGGUGUGAGCCGGGGGGAAAGUUCUUCAUCCGCGAUACGUCCAGUAGCUCGGGCACAUUUCUCAACCAUAUUCGACUCUCUAGUCCUAGCACCGAAUCCCGGCCCACGCAAAUCAAUGACGGGGACAUUCUGCAACUGGGAGUGGAUUAUCAAGGUGGUCACGAGGAUCAGUUUAGGUGUGUCAAGAUGAGGGUCGAGUUGGGGAGAGAAUGGCAAAGGGCGGCGACCGAGUUCAACACUAACGCUCUCAAACAACUCAAAGCGCUCGGCGGUCAACCCGAAACACCCAGCAGCAAAGGCAAAGCGCCGGACCUCAGCCCUCAAUCCACACGCAAAGGCAAAGCGAGCGUCACCGACUGUUGCAUUUGUUUGUUCUCGGUCACAGUGUGCCAAUCACUGUUUAUCGCGUCACGAACAUUCGCAAACCUCGAAGAAGACGUCGAAGCCGAAGACGCCUGGGAGAAUGCCUCUCGUCGAGCAUCCGUCAUCUCCCGCAGACUUUCGAACCACUCCGCCCGUCUGUCAGCACCACAAGACCCCGUUCCACCCAUCCCCACCGCCGUCCCACCUCAUGAAAACCACGUGAACCACCAAAUGACCGGAAGCACAAGUAUCAGCUCUGAAGAAGGUAAUCACACUGCCAAUGGCGACACUGGACUCGCACUCGCUCGUCAAUCUACAGCUGUCGCUCCUGCCCCUUCCAGUCCGCGAAGUGACGUGGAUAUGAUAUCUGUUCCGGAAGAUCAAGCUCUGGAUGUACUGCGUCUCAAUGCGGACCCGGCUUUGAGAGGUUCACUAGAAGCGGUGAGAGAUCCUUCGGUUUUGGUGGAUGCGUUACCGAUCGUUGAUAACCGGGAAGAAUUCGGAAGUCUCAGUCAAGCUGCAACACCGAUGAACGAUACUUUCCUGUCGACGUUGGCUCCGGGGAUGCAUCAGAGGUUGGAUUUGGCUCAACAGCUUGUGAAUGGGAAUGGUGGUGUGGCUCAACAAUUCUUGGAUGGAAACAUGCCGGUGGGCGGUGUGGGUCAACAGGUGAAUGAAAAUGCGGCGAGAGAGGUAGAGGUGGAAGGAAGAGGGAGGGAGGAUAUGGAUAUGAUGUUUACUUGA